AUGUUAACGGUGACACAAGAUGCACCAGCUAGUUUCAAGUCAAGACUACAACAACAACAGAUUUCACAAUUGGAGUCGCAGCCACUGCCGACGUCAACGCCUACUCAGAUCCUAACACAGACGCAGACAGCGAUUMAGUCACAGCCGCAGCAACAGCCAUUACCACAAYAGUAUCAACAACAACARCGGCAGCAGUCAACGCAGCGUGAAGCACAGCUGCCGAUAACRCAGCCGUCUAUGUCUCCAGCGCACAUUUCGUCACCCMUGGCRUCCAGCCCAACGCAACAUCAGCUGCAUCAGCCACCACAACAGUCCUCAACACCGACAUCAACACCCUCACAUCAUUUGGCUAACAUUCUGAACGAAAUAGCCACCUCGAACGGCUCUUCCACAUUGGCCAUGGUGGCUAACGACAGCAACAAUAGCAGCAGCAACAGUUCGACCAACAGAAUUGCCAACAAUCAGCCCACUUCAGUGCAUGACGAGGGAGUACGAAUAACCGCCCCACCACGGUUGAUUGGUCUAACUUCGUGGACCCUCAUACCAAGUGAGGGACCCACCUCUUUGACCACUUUAUCGAUGACUUCCUUAGAGGAAGUUGUCGGCCCCUUAUUCCUGACCAUGACCGACCAGGUUUCAACAGGCUUCGGCGCCACCGGAGCGGUUGCCUCCAGGAGAGGCGCUCGAGGCGCAGGCCUCGGUACCGACGGAGCCGGCAUUGACCUACUCGGCGUCGAGGAGUGUCUCCCACAACUUUCUCUAAGGGCAUCUAUGUGA